AUGCCACAUAGGUCGGUGAACAAACCCACCGCCGACUCUAUGUCCAUGUUCACUGGCGCGUCAGGCAUUUCUAUAAGCCAUGGAGAAUUCAGUAACGUCGGCGGUGACCUUGUUCGAGUUUUCAAUAAUUCCACGGUGGUUUCCAACGGGUAUAGAUCGCUCUGGGACGCCAUUGCAGGUGUUGGCGCCUCACACAACUCACAACUCCGAUUUCCACCCCCUCGCUGUCAUCCAAAGACUCGUGAAGGGGUAAUCGAUGUUCUACUCGAAUGGAUAGACUCAGGAAGUCGGGAUUUACCUGUAUGCUGGCUAUCUGGCACAGCUGGGGUAGGCAAAUCAGCUAUCGCACAGACCAUCUCCGAAAUCCACGAACGAGACCGACUCGUCGCUUCUUUCUUCUUUUUCAGGCAAGACCCAAAACGGAACAAUCCCGAGUAUCUGAUGUUGACGAUUGCUCAUGGGCUUGUCGUGAAUGUACCAGAAUUACGCCAGUAUAUCACUCAGAGGAUAGCAGAGGAUCCAAAGGUUUUGGAAGUUAGAUUGAAGGACCAGUUUACAAAGCUUGUUGUUAACCCGCUAUUUGCGCAACGCGGAUGGUGGAAUCGUUUACGGCGUCUUUGGGCAGAUUGGCCGCGUCCUUCAAGGCGACGCCCGAACUUGGUCAUCAUCGAUGGGCUUGACGAAUGCGGCGACGACGAAACUCAAACUGAUAUCCUUAGGAUUCUGGCUUCGGAGCUAGGCAAACACCCCGAACCGCUUUUCCCCUUGCGUUUUUUGGUCUGCACCCGCCCUGAACCGUGGAUAAGAGAGGAAUUUGAAACCCGUCAUUUACGCCAUCUCACGAAGCACGUUGUCUUGGACGACUCCUUUUCUCCUGAUGCAGACAUCGAGCGUUUUCUGCGUGAUGGGUUUCGGGAAAUCUCCACGAGUCCAAAGUAUUCACAGAUCCGAUUUCCCGAACCGUGGCCAUCCGAAGAUGAGAUCAUGACGCUGGUCGACAAAGCUCGCGGUCAGUUCAUCUACGCUGCAACUAUUCUGAAAUUCGUCAAAGACGGAUUCACGCACCCGGUGGAACGGUUGUAUAUUAUCCUUGAUAUGUCGCGGGAGCCCUCAUACCUAUCUCCCUUCCAACAACUCGACGAUCUUUACAGAGUCGUACUGUCCGCCAAUUCUAACCGCGAAGGACUAGUCGCAAUCCUGGCGUCAAUCUUAAUUCUCCCUCUCGUCGAAGCACCUGCCACUCCAUGGUUUAUUGAGUGUCUCCUUGGACUUCCCGAUGGACAAGCAGCGUUAACCCUGAGGCCAAUGCAUUCGGUACUCAAUAUCCGAGGACGAGACGAUGUAAUCGUUGUAUUCCAUACAACUUUUACUGAUUUUCUUUAUGACCAGUCGCGAUCUGGGGAUUUUUAUCUCGACAAAAGACGAUGGCAUGAUUUUCUUGUCCAGAGAUGGCUUCACGUUCUUGUUGAACGGUGCAGAUUUCCACAGCUCCAUGGUGGCGAAUUCCCUUCAUCCACAUUCCAUGACGGAGUACUUCAAGUUCUCUGGGAGAAAUGGCCCUCGUUUUGUACCGCCUUGAGUUAUCCUAGCGAGCAAGUCAUAUCAAGCCUUCGAGACCUGGAUGUGGGUGCCCUUCUUACCGCAGCCAUCUCGUCUUCCCUUUUGGUUAUCAAGGGAAAGGAUUAUGCAUGGAGGGUAAAUCGGAAGAUCCCUCCAUUUCUGCAAUCGUUAUGGGAGAAGUUGGAAACUAUCACAUCUUGGCUGAUAUUGAAGGAUGUUAAUGGAACACUGAGCGAUCUCAUCGAGCAUUUUGAAAGUGCAAGAGAAAGCUUUCAUGUUGCAAUCUCACCUGAUAUCGCACAAACGUUUGUGAUAUGGAUUGUGUUGAAUAUGGCUCGUUGUGAUCACGUCAGUAUCCUCACACAUCGUGUGGACAGUGCUAUGAUUCGUUUCAUGGAAGGGACAUUCAGCAUGCCAGUAGCUUACUAUAACUCCUGUCUGAUCGGUCUGGCAUCGGAUUUCGACUCGAAUAUGCCACCCCGAUGCCCUCUAGUGGUCGGUCAUUAUCACAUCAAUGUACGGGAAGCUGCCGUUUCAACGUUGCAGGCCUUCAAGGAUACGUUACAUGACAGUCAAUUCUUCAUGUUGAGGAGAGGUUUAGUUUCAAACGUGCUCGGAUCGAUUUUGUUACCAUUAUGUGGACCUGAUCCUCGAGCUCUUUUGUUAUGUCAUCAAUUACUUUUGUCCCUCGAGGAAACUAGGGAGCCUGAACAUAUAUCUGAAUGGCUGGAGUCUUUUCCAGACGAGUACGCAAACGAAGUUGGAGCGUUACGUCGGACUUUGGGCUCUGAUCAUUAA